UCCGGGAGUGUUGGGAUCCGAGGAGCAUCCCGGCCCCGAGUGUCCCAGACUUGUCGCCUGCGGCCUGUGAAUCUGGACCAGCAGGAUCCCAGGCCCUAGGACGGGGCCAGGCGGAGGUCUGCAGCCACGAUUGUUCCCGCUCAGGCUGGAGGCGGGGGCGCGGAAUUCAGGAUCGGAGCGCGGUGAAAAUGAGUUCUUCAGUAAAAAGAAAAGGCAAGCCGGGCAAAGGAAGUGGAAAAGGAUCUUCUAGAGGAGGAAGAGGAGGCAGAAGUCAUGCUAGUAAAUCACACGGGAAUGGUGGUGGUGGCGGUGGCAGCGGUGGCAGCGGUGGCAAUAAAAAGGCUUCGAGUAGAAUUUGGGAUGAUGGAGAUGACUUUUGUAUCUUCAGUGAAUCAAGGCGCUCAUCCAGACCUAGCAACAAUAACGUAAACAAAGGAGAAGCACGCCACAAAUGGAAGCCCAAAGCCAAAGUGCCCCUUCAAACUCUACACAUGACUUCUGAGAAUCAAGAGAAAGUGAAAGCUCUUCUUCGAGACCUGCAAGAACAAGAUGCAGAUGCUGGAUCUGAAAGAGGCAUUUCUGCAGAGGAGGAGGAGGAUGAGCCUGAUUGUGGAGAGGAUGAGCGGUACUGGUCAUCCGGACAAGAACCUUCCUUUGUUCCGGACUCUGAUCCUUUGGAAUAUGCUGGCUCAGCCCCAGUGGAGCCUCAUAUUCCAGAAUUUACAGUCUCACCAUUUGCAGUGCAAAAACUUUCCAGGUAUGGUUUCAACACUGAACGCUGUCAAGCAGCCCUGAGGAUUUGUGAUGGAGAUGUGGGGGCCUCCCUAGAGCAUCUACUCACCCAGUGUUUUUCAGAGACAUUUGGAGAGAGGAUGAAGGUCUCUGAGGCAGUUGGCCAUAUAAGCUUGGAUGAGUGUGUGGAGCAGAGACAGGAGGAGGCAUUUGCUCUCAAGUCAAUAUGUGGAGAAAAAUUUAUAGAAAGAAUUCAGAACAGAGUCUGGACCAUUGGACUAGAACUGGCGUAUUUGACAAGUAAAUUCUGCAAAUUCAAGCAAAGGGAAAGUACCAAAAAUGUACAAGAGACUUCACUUGAAACCUGUAGAUUUUACCUCAAAGGAAAUUGUAAAUUUGGAUCAAAAUGCAAAUUCAAACAUGAAGUACCCCCAAAUCAAAUUGUUGGAAGAGCAGAAAGGAGUGUAGAUGAUUCUCAUCUUAAUGCUAAUGAAGAUGCAUCUUUUUUAUAUGAACUUGAAAUUCGAUUUUCUAAAAACCACAAAUACCCCUACCAAGCUCCCCUUGUGGCAUUUUAUUCCACCAAUGAGAAUCUACCUCUGGCUUGUCGUUUACAUAUUUCUGAAUUCCUUUAUGGCAAGGCCUUGACAUUUGCAGAAACUUCAGAACCUGUUGUAUAUUCUUUGAUUACCCUUUUAGAGGAAGAAUCAGAAAUAGUCAAGCUACUAACAAAUACCCAUCACAAGUAUAGUGUCCCUCCUGUGAACUUUCUGCCAGUGCCCUCUGGGACCAGAAUAAAUAAUUCUGCCUGUCAUAAACCAGUGAUUCCAAAUAAUUCUUUUGUUUCAAAUCAAAUUCCAGAAGUUGAAAAAGAAACAGAACCUGAGGAGGAGGCAGAUGAGGAUGAAGGUCCUGCACCAGUUAUAGUGGAGAAUGAAAGCUAUGUGAACCUUAAGAAAAAGAUUUCCAAAAGAUAUGACUGGCAGGCAAAGUCAGUACAUGCUGAAAAUGGUAAAAUCUGCAAGCAGUUCCAAAUAAAACAGUCUUCCAGACAGUUCCAGUCAACCCUGCAAGAAAGACAAUCACUCCCUGCUUGGGAAGAAAGAGAAACCAUUCUUAAAUUGCUGAGCAAGCACCAAGUGGUUGUCAUAAGUGGUAUGACUGGAUGUGGAAAAACCACACAGAUUCCACAGUUUAUUCUGGAUGAUUCUCUGAAUGGACCACCCGAGAACGUGGCUAACAUUAUCUGCACCCAACCCCGACGAAUCUCCGCAAUCUCUGUUGCUGAACGUGUGGCUAAAGAGAGAGCAGAAAGGGUGGGUCUGACCGUGGGAUACCAAAUUCGGUUAGAAAGUGUCAAGUCCUCAGCCACCAGACUGUUAUACUGCACCACAGGAGUGCUGCUAAGAAGGCUAGAAGGAGAUACAGCUCUACAAGGAGUCACCCAUAUCAUUGUUGAUGAAGUUCAUGAGAGGACAGAGGAAAGUGACUUCUUGCUGCUAGUUUUGAAGGACAUUGUGUUGCAGAGGCCAACUCUUCAAGUUAUUCUAAUGAGUGCAACUUUAAACGCCGAACUCUUUUCAGAAUAUUUCAAUUUCUGCCCAGUUAUUACUAUACCAGGUCGUACAUUUCCUGUUGAUCAAUUUUUUCUGGAAGAUGCAAUUGCUGUGACAAGGUAUGUGUUACAGGAUGGGAGCCCAUAUAUGCGCUCCAUGAAACAGAUUUCAAAGGAAAAGCUUAAAGCAAGGCGCAACAGAACUGCAUUUGAGGAAGUUGAGGAAGACCUGAGGCUCUCCCUUCACCUCCGGGAUCAGGAUUCUGUCAGAGACUCAGUGCCAGAUCAACAGUUAAAUUUUAAACAGCUCUUGGCCCGCUAUAAAGGGAUUAGCAAGUCAGUCAUCAAAACAAUGUCCAUCAUGGAUUUUGAAAAGGUUAAUCUUGAAUUAAUAGAGGCCUUAUUGGAGUGGAUUGUGGAUGGAAAGCACUGCUACCCUCCAGGUGCUAUACUUGUAUUUUUACCGGGACUAGCAGAAAUCAAAAUGCUUUAUGAACAGCUACAGUCUAAUUCUCUUUUCAACAAUAGAUAUGGUAAUCGAUGUGUUAUUCACCCACUUCAUUCGUCUUUAUCCAGUGAAGAGCAACAGGCUGUGUUUGUAAAACCUCCUAUAGGUGUAACUAAGAUUAUUAUUUCCACCAACAUUGCUGAAACGUCCAUAACCAUUGAUGAUGUUGUCUAUGUCAUUGAUUCUGGGAAAAUGAAAGAAAAGAGAUAUGAUGCUAGCAAAGGGAUGGAAAGUCUAGAGGAUACUUUUGUAUCACAAGCCAAUGCUCUGCAAAGAAAAGGUCGAGCGGGCCGUGUUGCAUCUGGGGUCUGCUUCCAUUUAUUCACUAGCCAUCACUACAGUCACCAACUUUUAAAGCAACAGCUACCAGAAAUACAAAGAGUGCCAUUGGAACAGCUGUGUCUAAGAAUUAAAAUUUUAGAUAUGUUCAGUGCUCAUAAUCUCCAGUCUGUGUUCUCUCGGCUCAUUGAACCUCCACACGCUGAUUCUCUCCGUGCCUCAAAAAUACGAUUACGAGACUUGGGAGCAUUAACUCCAGAUGAAAAAUUGACCCCUCUAGGCUACCACUUGGCCUCUCUGCCCGUGGAUGUGAGAAUCGGCAAACUGAUGCUGUUUGGGUCUAUCUUCCGCUGUUUGGAUCCUGCUCUCACCAUUGCUGCCAGUUUGGCCUUUAAGUCUCCUUUUGUGUCUCCUUGGGAUAAAAAAGAGGAAGCUAACCAGAAAAAGCUAGAAUUUGCAUUUGCAAACAGUGAUUAUCUGGCUCUUCUACGAGCAUAUAAGGGAUGGCUGCUAAGUACAAAAGAAGGUGCGCGUUCAAGUUAUAAUUACUGCAGACAAAACUUCUUGUCAGGAAGAGUUCUUCAGGAAAUGGCCAGCCUCAAGCGACAAUUCACUGAACUGUUAUCGGAUAUAGGGUUUGUAAAGGAGGGACUCAGAGCAAGGGAAAUUGAGAAAAGGGCCCAAGGAGGAGAUGGUAUCUUGGAUGCCACAGGAGAAGAGGCAAACUCAAAUGCAGAGAACCCCAAGCUGAUAUCAGCAAUGCUGUGUGCUGCUCUGUAUCCAAAUGUGGUGCAGGUAAAAAUCCCAGAAGGGAAAUUUCAGAAAACCAGUACUGGAGCUGUCAGAAUGCAACCCAAAUCAGCUGAGUUGAAGUUUGUUACGAAGAAUGAUGGCUAUGUACACAUUCACCCUUCAUCAGUGAACUAUCAGGUCAGACACUUUGACAGCCCCUACCUGUUGUACCACGAGAAGAUCAAAACUAGCCGGGUAUUCAUCCGGGACUGCAGCGUGGUGUCUGUGUACCCACUGGUCUUGUUCGGCGGAGGCCAAGUGAGCGUGCAGCUUCAAAGGGGAGAGUUCGUUGUCUCCUUGGAUGAUGGUUGGAUCCGUUUUGUAGCUGCUUCCCAUCAGGUGGCCGAAUUAGUAAAGGAACUUCGUUGUGAACUUGACCAGCUCCUCCAGGAUAAAAUAAAAAACCCGAGCAUAGAUCUGUGUACAUGUCCUCGAGGAUCCCGGAUCAUCAGCAUGAUUGUGAAACUUGUCACCACACAAUAAAGACCUGUUUUAGGAGAGUGCUUGCUGCUCACCUGCUUCCUGCUCACCUGGGAAAUAACAGCAGCAGCUCUACCUCGAACCACAGACCUGUGCUGGGCUGGCCCUGGAGAAGUAGCUCAGGCCGAGCUGCACCAAGCGCUGAGGCACCACAUACCCUGGGGGACCUUUUCCAGACAUUACUUUGAACAGAGCUGCAGACACUCCCAGCACAAUUUGGAGUGUCAGUGGUGAGACAGUUUAAAACAGCUUGCCUGCCUUUUUCUCUGUGAUUAUUCUGAGUGAAUGAAAUUCACCUGAAACACAAAAGUGAAUGUUUGAUACAACUCUGUUUUAAUCUAUAUAAUCCUUUUCUCUUGCUUUUUACUGGGGUAAGACAGGGGCAUGAGGAGAAAUACCCAUUGUUGAUAUUUUUUAGGUCAUAAAGGCUCAACUGAGAAGUAGAACAGAGAAGGGAAAAAAGAAAAACAGGAAAAAAAAUCAUGUUAACAAGAAAAAUAAUUUCAUUGUAGGCUGUUGGUUACUGAGUAAACUUGCUUUGUGAGGGAUUUUUAUUUGUACCCAUUAAAGGUCAGCUUAAACAAAUUUAAUGAGUUCUGUUUUGGUAUGAAAAUGCAAGCUGGUCUUGUCCGUAACACUCCUGUUCUUAAAAGCACAACAAUCUGGGUGUGUUUGUUCUAUAAGUUCUCCAUUUAGGAAUCUUUACUCUCUCUUAUGAACUCACCCCCAUCCAAUGGCCAUAUUUCACAUUAUCCAGUGGAGAAUUUUAUGGUAUUCUGAGGGCAAAUUGGCAUGGUUUUUGUAGAAAAGGUUGCCGUAAUAGUAUUAGAUGUACAGCCAUAAAAAUGUCCUCUAUGAAAUAGCUUGUUUUCAACUACCACUUAGGUUAAUGGGGCACUAGCAUUUCGAAAAAAUAUAAAUACAUUUACAGUUUCCCUGGACAUUUUUCAGUGUGGCCAGGAGGAAUCCCAAAGAGCUGAGUGGAAAAAAUAUUCUCCUAUUUGUCUAGCCUCAGGACAGAAUCACUACAGGUUUCAUACUGUAGAUAGAAUUCAAACACCUCAGUGAAGGGUGUUCAUUUUUCAAGGUAUUAUUUUAGUUAAGUUUUCAGGAAAUCUCCUAGGCUGUCCAAAAUAAUCAUUAUCAAGUGUGUUUAAGCUUUGGUACACUUGAAGAGCUUUACUCUAAGCAGUAUUUUUAAAAGGCAUCAAUUCAUGUCUUCGCUUUAAAUUAAAAAUAUACAUAAGCACAGCACCCACAGAAUCCAAGUUCUGACUUGCUGUUGAAACAAGGUUCAUAUUGCAGAAUUAAUUAAGCUGAGACCUUUAAAAGAAAUGAAGAAGAAAAUUGCACUACCCUCUAAAAAAUUGUUUCAAACCCAGUUUUGACUCUUGGUGCUACAGUGGAGCUUAUGCUGCCCUAGCUAGAGCCAUCUGCCCAAGCAGACCCGCAGCUUUUAACACAUUUGCAGCAGAGCAUACAACUGGCAGGUAUUUAACGACAAAACAUUCCAUCCAGAGUGCUGAGAAAUUGCUCCCCUCAGGGAAGUCAGUUUUUGGACUGGUCACUUCCAGCCACAUACAAAUGCACAAAUACUAUUAUUUUAUAGAUGUGCCAGAAUGUGAAAAAGGUUGGGAAUCCUUAAGGCACCAAAUAACAAAAUCCCCACCCCCAAAAUAACUUUGUAAGCUCAAUGUUAAAAUUAUGAAAUAAGAUUUCUAAUUUGCAAUUAAAGAUCAGAAUACGGUAUAAUAUGUCAAGGUGAAACUGGAUUUCUGAGCCCCAACAAGAUUGUCAACAUUUAAUGUAAUUUUAUGGAGAGCUUGGUAAAUGGUUUCUUAAAACAUUUGUUUUUCUUUUACUGGAAUCUA